AUGUUCUGUGAGUCGUGCGAAAAGUAUUUGAGCGUGUGCACAUUACAGUGUGGGUUCUGCGGGAGGAAGAGCGCGCAGAGGGUGGAGUCGAUGAAGUCGCAGAGCAAAGAAUACACAGUGCAAACGGUGAAGGAAAGACACAGGGGCACAAAAAUCAAAGAGGAGUGUCCAGAGUGCAAGUCAGAGAGUUUGUACUACUACACAAUGCAGCUUAGAUCAGCUGACGAAGGGCAAACGGUCUUCUACGAGUGUGAUUGUGGAUACAAAGUGAAAGUCAAUACAUAA